UGCGACUAACACAGAAGGCUUUAGCUAGAUAGCAUGGCCACCUCCGAGGGAAAGAAGCGUGGUCUGGAGCAUUUGGACGAAUAUGAACCCAAACCAGCGAAGUAUAUGCGCAGCCUUCACGACCGAAUGGCAGAAAGGAGACUUAUUGUCAUUCUGGAGGGCGCCUCGUUAGAAACAGUGAAGGUCGGAAAAACGUUUGAGUUGUUAAACUGCGACCAACACAAAAAUAUUAUUGUCAAAAGUGGGAGGGAUCCAGGAAAAGUUCGACCUGAUAUCACACAUCAGUGUCUGCUCAUGCUGAUGGACAGUCCAUUGAACAGGGCAGGCCUGCUGCAGGUUUACAUCCAUACAGAGAAAAAUUCCUUGAUAGAGAUCAAUCCACAGACUCGCAUCCCGAGAACAUUCACACGCUUCUGUGGCCUGAUGGUCCAGCUUCUGCACAAACUGAGUGUCAGGGCAGCUGAUGGGCCUCAAAAGCUUCUGAAGCUCAUCAAGAAUCCGGUGUCUGACCACUUGCCUCCUGGCUGCCCCCGCAUCGCCACCUCCUUCUCUUCAGGGGAAGCCGUAGGUCCCAGGACGCUGGUGCCCGAGGGACCGGCUGCUGUGGUGAUUGGAGCAUUCGCACAUGGAGCGGUGAACGUGGACUACACUGAAAAGUCUGUGUCUAUAAGUAACUAUCCUCUAUCUGCUGCACUAACCUGUGCAAAAAUAUGUAGCGCCUUCGAGGAAGUGUGGGGCGUCCUGUGACAAACGGAUUUGGAAAAGACUUCAUGUUGGCUAAACAGGACCUGUUGCAUAUAUGGACAAUGUUUGAGUGGAUGAGAAACACCGGACCAAUUGUCCAGUGAUGAGAAAUGGACUUCUUAAAUGUGUACUGCUCUUCUUGUACCGCAGAAUGAAAAUGUUUAGAAACAAAAUAACUUUGUAUUUUGGAUAUAAAGUGGUCAGCCAAAAUAAAAAAAAUAAUUGUCUUUCUUGGAAAAGUGUUUUACAAAUAAACUUAACUUACUUAU